GAAAGUCGACGUCAUUAUUUGGGGGCGUUACCCGGAAGUGUUCUGUUGUUUCAUCAGGCGACAACAUGCUCCCGGCUGUGAAAUAACACAUCCGCUGCUGUAGCUUUGACUUUAUGAGGCUCGUUUGUAACAUCGCUGUUAAAUUAGUGAAAUCCAGAAGAGCUCACGGUUCAGCCGCAGCUCGUGCACGAGCAGGAGAGAUGUGUAAAGAGCUCAAGACCAAAGUGCUGCAUCUGCUGCCGCCGACCUCCGAUCAUCAGGAGGGCCAAACAGAUGGUGCUGAAAUCCUGAGUUGCACGGUGAAGGCUCUGAAGGAGGGUCAUGUGGUCGGUGUGCCCACAGACACCAUCUACGGCCUGGCAUGUCUGGCGCAGAACUCUGAAGCGGUCGGAAAAACCUACGACAUCAAAGGACGAAAUGGACAUAAACCGCUGGCCAUCUGCGUCGGAGAAAUCUGCGAUAUCUAUAAGUACUGUAAGGUGAAAGUGAAAGAAGCUCUGUUGGGUGACCUGCUGCCGGGUCCCGUCACUCUGGUGUUCGAAAGAUCUGAAGUCCUGAACACAGAUCUCAACCCCUUCACUUCACUUGUAGGCGUACGCAUCCCAGACCAUGUCUUUAUGAGACGCCUUUGCCAGAUGUGUGCUGAACCACUUGCACUUACCAGCGCCAACAUCAGCUCACACACCAGCACUGUGGCCGUGCAUGAGUUCCAGGAGCUUUGGCCCAAACUAGCAGUGGUGGUGGAUGGAGGACCGAUAGGAGACCACAGCCGCCUCGGAUCAACAGUAGUAGAUCUUUCAGUACUCGGCAAAUACCGCAUCAUCAGACCCGGCUGUGCCCUUUCUUCUACGAUUGAUGUGCUGGAGCACAAAUAUGGACUCUUGGAGGACUCGGGGAAGAAUGACCUUGUUUGAACUCUCUGCACACCGCGCAACACAAGCUGAGACGCAUAAUCAGCGUUGACCCGGAGCUUCGUCAGAAAGGAGGAAUUCUUUGUCACAUUGAAAAUGGACUAAAACUCUGGGACAACUUAACUGUUAACGGGUAACUGUUCUUCUUCUGAUGACCAUAUGUUCUGCCUUACUUAUUAUUAUUAUUAUUAUUAUUAUACGGGAUGUGAAGUGUCAGUUUAAGACCAUUUACUAAGAAUCACAGAACGAGGUCGGUUAUAUAGAAUGGGAUUGUAUUGUCAAAGCAACGUGGCUUAAUGGAGAAUACAAUGGGUUUAUUUUAAUAUUUCUAUAAUGGUUUGUGUCACAAGAACUUAUUUUAUGACCUGUACAACUUAAAUAACACGGGAUGGGAGGAGUUCUGUGACUUGCAUGGAUUAUACAUCGGAACAAUUUAUGAACCCCCUGUAUUUAUUUUACCGACAGUUACAACAACCCUGUUAUAUGUUGUAGCUUGGAAUACUUUACAUUGUUUGACAAUACUGUAAUAUUUCACUCAGACUCGUGUUGGUUAGCAUGUGGAUAAACGAGCGUGUUAAUAAUCAUUUCUUAAAUUCUCACCAUAUACUUGCUUUGGAUUGUACGACCUUGGCACCGCCACAAUAAACGUAUUGUCUUUCAGCA